AUCCCGGGGGUGCUGCUGGACCCGCGGAGCCGGCGGCGCUACUGGCUGGGCCGCUUCCUGGGCAAGGGCGGCUUCGCCAAGUGCUACGAGAUCACGGACGUGGAGAGCAAGGAGGUCUUCGCGGGCAAGAUCGUCUCCAAGUCGCUGCUGCUGAAGGCGCCGCAGAAGGAGAAGAUGUCCAUGGAGAUCGCCAUACACCGCAGCCUCGAGCACCGCCACGUGGUGGGCUUCCGCGGCUUCUUCGAGGACAGCAACUUCGUCUUCGUCGUCCUCGAGCUCUGCCGCCGACGGUCCCUGCUGGAGCUGCACAAGCGUCGAAAAGCGCUAACGGAGCCUGAAGCCCGGUAUUACCUGCGGCAGAUCAUCCUGGGUUGCCAGUACCUGCACACCAACCGAGUCAUCCACCGCGACCUCAAGCUGGGCAACCUGUUCCUUAAUGACGACAUGGAGGUGAAGAUAGGUGACUUUGGCUUGGCCACAAAGGUCGAGUAUGAUGGUGAGCGGAAAAAGACUUUGUGUGGGACACCCAACUACAUCGCCCCGGAGGUGCUGGGCAAGAAGGGCCACAGCUUCGAAGUGGACGUCUGGUCCAUCGGCUGCAUCAUGUACACCCUCUUGGUCGGGAAGCCGCCCUUUGAAACCUCCUGUCUGAAAGCAACAUACAUUCGAAUUAAGAACAACGACUACUCCAUUCCAACGCACAUCAACCCCAUUGCUGCUAGCCUUAUCCAGAAAAUGUUACGGUCCGACCCGGCUGCCCGCCCCACCAUUGACGAGCUGCUGAGUGACGAGUUCUUCACGACAGGCUACAUCCCUUCACGGCUGCCCACCACCUGCCUCACAGUCCCCCCCAGGUUCUCUGUGGCCCCGAAUGGGGUUGAGGCCAGUGGGAGAACACCGCUCUCAGUGGUUAACAGAGGACCAGAGAGCCCUGCGCUAGACAAGGUGCCUGAGAAGGAGGAAGAGGUGGCCAUCUGCAACCCCAGCGAGCCUGUGGACUACCAUUUGGCUGACCUGCUGCAGCAGCUGACUCUGGUCAACGCGUCCAAGCCCUCAGAAAGAGUCCCAGUCAGGCAAGAGGAAGCUGAGGACCCCGCCUGCAUCCCCAUCUUCUGGGUCAGCAAAUGGGUGGACUACUCGGAUAAGUAUGGCCUAGGCUACCAGCUGUGCGACAACAGUGUGGGGGUUCUUUUCAAUGACUCGACUCGUCUCAUCAUGUACAACGAUGGGGACAAGCUGCAGUACAUUAAAGAGAAUGGCUCCGAGUCGUACUUCAAUGUGCGUUCCUACCCAGAUGCUUUCAACAAGAAGGUCACGCUGCUGGAAUAUUUCCGGAAUUACAUGAACAAGCACUUGCUAAAAGCAGGAGCUGAUAUCAACCCCCGGGAGGGCGAUGAGCUGGCGCGGCUCCCUUACCUGCUCACCUGGUUCCGCACACGCAGCGCUAUCAUCCUGCACCUGAGCAAUGGUACCGUGCAGAUCAACUUCUUCCAGGACCACACCAAGGUCAUCCUCUGCCCCUUCAUGGCAGCCAUCACCUACAUCAACGAGAAGCGGGAGUUCUGCACCUACAAGCUCGCCCUGCUUGAGGAGUUUGGUUGCUGCACGGAGCUGGCCAGCCGCCUCCGCUACGCCCGCACCAUGGUGGAGAAGCUGCUGAGCUACAAGUCUGAUGCUGCCUGCGUGAAGCCUUCCGGCUAGAGCCCAGCUGCGGAGGACGGGCUUCCCAUUCCGGAACUGUUUGGGGCUGUGGUGGCGGUGCUUUCCAGCCCAGCUAGAC